AAAAAAUACAUUGAAACUUCAAAACUUUGAUACAACAAUGAAUCCUAUAAUUCUGCGAGCUUACACUCCUCUGAAAUACAGUUCGAUUUCUAGUUAAGCAUUAAAACCAAAUUGACGAAGCUUAUGAAGUUCGGGGAAAUUAAUGGCCAUGUCAAGAGGCAACCUUGGGAGGGUGUUGAUGAAGUGUGCACAAGUUGCAUUCGGGCAUGGAGUUGGAGCAGAAAAUAAUGCUCUGGGGCGUUUUAAGUACAGCAUAUUCACCGAUAUCACUUACUGGACAGGUUUUGGCAUAAAUUCAUUGAAAAGUAGGGGCAUGUCGGAUGGAAGGCCGAGAGGAGCGUUAUGGAGGAGCAGGAAAUUAAUAAGCAAGGAAGCAUUGUUUGUCGUUCAGGAGAUAAAGAGAGUCAAACAUGAUGCUGCCCUUCUUACUAGCUUUAUGAAAACCCACGUGUCCAGGUUGCUGAAAGUUGAUCUUCUUGCUGUUUUGGUGGAGCUUGAGAGGCAGGGGGAGAUCACUUUAACACUUAAGAUAUUUGAUGCGAUUAAAAACGAGCCUUGGUACAAGCCAGACGUUUUUCUGUUCAAAGAUAUGAUUAUUGUAUUGGCAAAACAUAAAAAGAUGGAAGAGGCAAUGCAAGUUUGGAAAGAUAUGAGGAGUGGAAAACUUGAACCUGAUAUACCGACAUAUACUGAAGUUAUAAGGGGUUUCUUACAAUAUGGAUCACCUACAGAUGCGAUGAACAUUUACGAGGAAAUGAAACAGUCUCCGCAUCCACCUGAGGAGCUACCUUAUAGGGUUCUAUUAAAGGGUCUUUUUCCAAAUCCUUUACUAAGAAAUAAAGUGAAACAGGAUUUUGAAGAAACAUUCCCUGAUAGACAUGUAUAUGACCCCCCUGAAGAACUAUUUGGGAUGCAUUAAAGUUCUGGGUUUUGCUUUGGUCAUUACUAAUAGCAAUUUUCCUUGUGUACUUGUUUUAAUGAUCUAUGUCCAAAUUAUGGUUCAAAAAGGGUUGCUAACAUCGUUUUAAAGUUGUUAUUGGCAUUGGUUGUGAAUAUCAUCAUGGCCUGGCGCAUUUUGUGGGCUUUUACAGUAGGCGAUUUCUUUGAAGUUAAUUUUGCAUCA